GCGAGCGCCAAAAGCGGAACUAAUGUGCGACGCAACGUUCUACACGGGUAAAUUAGAGCGGCGCACCCAACCACUAGGCUGCAGCCUGCAGCGUGUGGUGCUGCUCGGUGAAUGAGACAGCGACUACUCUUGGAGAGAGCAGAGGAGCUCCGAGUUCUCCUGGUGGAGCCCUCAGCAGACGUCAAGCUGGCGACCGGAGCAGGAAAGAAGGGCAAGAAGGCCGAGGAGGAGGAGCAGCCUGCAGCACCUCCUGCAGCUGCAGCAGUGAAGGAGGAGGAGGAGGAGGAAGAGGAGGAGUAUGUGGUAGAGAAGGUUUUGGACUGCAGAGUGGUGAAGGGAAGAGUAGAGUUUCUGCUGAAAUGGAAGGGGUUCUCAGAUAAGGAUAACACAUGGGAGCCGCAAGACAACCUGGACCUCGACCUUAUCACCGAGUACAUGCAGAAACACAAGGAGAAGGAGGAGAAGAAGAAGGAGGGCAAGAGGAACGUUGUUAGUGAGGUCUCGGGAGACUCAGAGGAGCGAGGGAGCAAGAGGAAGAAGGAGGAGGAGCCCUCAGCAGACGUCAAGCUGGCGACCGGAGCAGGAAAGAAGGGCAAGAAGGCCGAGGAGGAGGAGCAGCCUGCAGCACCUCCUGCAGCUGCAGCAGUGAAGGAGGAGCAGCCUGCAGCACCUCCUGCAGCUGCAGCAGUGAAGGAGGAAGAGGAGGAGCAACCUGCAGCACCUCCUGCAGCAGUGAAGGAGGAAGAGGAGGAGGAGGAGCAGCCUGCAGCAUCUCCUGCAGCAGUGAAGGAGGAAGAGGAGGAGUAUGUGGUGGAGAAGGUGUUGGACCGCAGAGUGGUGAAGGGAAGAGUAGAGUUUCUGCUGAAAUGGAAGGGGUUCUCAGAUGAGGAUAACACAUGGGAGCCUCAAGACAACCUGGACCUCGACCUUAUCACCGAGUACAUGCAGAAAUGCAAGGAGAAGGAGGAGAAGAAGGAGGGCAAGAGGAAAGUUGUUAGUGAGGCCUCGGGAGACUCAGAGGAGCGAGGGAGCAAGAGGAAGGAGGAGGAGGAGCCCUCAGCAGACGUCAAGCUGGCGACCGGAGCAGGAAAGAAGGGCAAGAAGGCCGAGGAGGAGGAGCAGCCUGCAGCACCUCCUGCAGCUGCAGCAGAAGAGGAGGAAGAGGAGGAGUAUGUGGUGGAGAAGGUUUUGGACCACAGAGUGGUGAAGGGAAGAGUAGAGUUUCUGCUGAAAUGGAAGGGGUUCUCAGAUGAGGAUAACACAUGGGAGCCGCAAGACAACCUGGACUGCCCCGAUCUUAUCACCGAGUACAUGCAGAAACACAAGGAGAAGGAGGAGAAGAAGGAGGGCAAGAGGAAAGUUGUCAGUGAGGCCUCGGGAGACUCAGAGGAGCGAGCGAGCAAGAGGAAGAAGGAGGAGGAGCCCUCAGCAGACGUCAAGCUGGCGACCGGAGCAGGAAAGAAGGGCAAGAAGGCCGAGGAGAAGGAGCAGCCUGCAGCUCCUCCUGCAGCUGCAGCAGUGAAGGAGGAGGAGGAGGAAGAGGAGGAGUAUGUGGUAGAGAAGGUGUUGAACCGCAGAGUGGUGAAGGGAAGAGUAGAGUUCCUGCUGAAAUGGAAGGGGUUCUCUGAUGAGGAUAACACAUGGGAGCCGCAAGACAACCUGGACUGCCCCUACCUCAUCACCGAGUACAUGCAGAAACACAAGGAGAAGGAGGAGAAGAAGAAGGAGGGAAACAGGAAAGUUGUCAGUGAGGCCUCGGGAGACUCAGAAGAGCGAGGGAGCAAGAGGAAGAAGGAGGAGAAACGGAGAGGAGGAGAGGGACCCAAACGUCACCACUGUCAACACUGUGACAAAUCCUUCACAACAUCUGGACAUUUAAAGAUUCAUCAGAGAGUUCACACUGGAGAGAAUCUACACAGCUGUGAUCAAUGUGGGGCAGCUUUCACACAAAAGACUACCCUAAAAAGACAUCAACGCAUUCACACUGAAGAAAAGCCUUACAGCUGUGAUCAAUGUGGGGCAUCUUUCAUACAAAAGAGUCACCUAAAAAGACAUCAACGCAUUCACACUGAAGAAAAGCCUUACAGCUGUGAUCAAUGUGGUAAAACCUUUUCUGAGAGUGGUCACUUUAAAUCUCACCAGCGUGUUCACACUGGAGAGAAGCCUUACAGCUGUGAUCUAUGUGGGAAAACCUUUUCUAGGAGUGAUAGCCUAGAAAUCCACCGACGUGCUCACACUGGAGAGAAGCCGUUCUGGUGUGAACAAUGUGGUAAAUCUUUUACUCAUAGUAGUGAUCUUAAAAAACACAGGCGCAUUCACACUGGAGAGAAGCCGUACUGCUGUGAUCUAUGUGGUAAAACCUUUUCUCGCAGUAGUAACCUUAAAAAACAUCAACGUGUUCACACCGGAGAGAAGCCGUACUGGUGUGAACAAUGUGGGAAAACAUUUUCUCAGAGUAAUGGCCUUAAAUCUCACCAGCGCAGCCAAGCUGUGUCCUCCUGCCUCCUCCUCAUGCCCUGAUAGCUGUGUUGUUAUUUUCUGAUCUUCUCUCCACAUUGAAGGCUGACCAGCAGUAACUUUAUCUUCUGAACAGCAUGUAUGUUAUCCUGGCUACGACUACACAUUACACUCCCUCCCUUUGAAGGGAUUUAUUCCACUCAAAAUUAGUUUGUUUUCCUGUAAUAAAAUAUUCUGUGUUCAGGGUUCAACUGCUAGUGCUUUUUAACUAA